CAAAUUGUUUCUCUCUCUCUCGCUUCUCGUAAACUCAAUCUCUCCAGUCCCGUUAUAACUCAAUUGAAUUUGAUCAAGAACUGUAAGCUUAAAUACUCAAUUUGUUCAUUUUUACUUGUUUUGGAGAUGGCUGAGGAUAAGAGCGGAGAUCCAAGUGAAGUGAGUGAUUACUCAUCGGAAGAUGAAGGGACUGAAGAUUAUAGAAGAGGAGGGUACCACGCGGUGCGUAUUGGCGACACUUUCAAGAACGGUUGCUAUGUGAUUCAGAGCAAGCUUGGUUGGGGUCAUUUCUCCACCGUUUGGCUCGCUUGGGAUACCCAAAGAUCGCGUUAUGUAGCUUUGAAGAUUCAAAAGAGUGCUCAGCAUUACACCGAGGCGGCAAUGGAUGAGAUAAAGAUCCUCAAACAGAUAGCUGAGGGAGAUCCGGACGAUAAAAAGUGUGUUGUGAAGCUCUUGGAUCAUUUUAAGCAUUCGGGGCCUAAUGGGAACCAUAUGUGUAUGGUUUUUGAGUACUUGGGGGAUAACCUUUUGACUCUUAUUAAAUAUAGUGAUUAUCGAGGAGUUCAACUUCACAUGGUUAAAGAGAUUUGUCGUCAUAUUUUGACGGGGCUCGAUUAUUUACACCGUGAACUUUCAAUCAUUCACACUGAUUUGAAGCCGGAGAAUGUGCUACUAUUGUCAAUGAUUGAUCCAUCAAGAGAUCCUAGGAAAUCUGGUGCUUCCCUCAUCCUUCCAACUAGGAAGGAUAAGGUUGUCUUGGAGGCUGUUUCUUCAAAAGAAAUUAAGAGUUUGAAUGGAGAUUUGACAAGGAAUCAGAAAAAGAAGAUUCGGAAGAAGGCUAAGAAGGCAGCUCAAGACUGUGUUGGAAAGGAACCUUUGGAGGAAACCGAGACAGAUUCCAAGACUGGUGGUACGGAAGACACCAAUGCUGAUGUGAAAUCAAAUGAAGUUUCUGGUGAAACGCAGCCAAAUAGUUCUGUGGUUGAAGAUGAUCCAAGGAGUGAUGGAAUUAACAAUCGUGACCAAGGAAAGGAGUGUCAUAGCAGGGGGAGCCGUGCAACGAGGAAAAGGCUGUUGGCUGAAGCUGAUCUUAAAUGUAAAUUGGUUGAUUUUGGCAAUGCUUGCUGGACAUAUAAACAGUUUACAAACGAUAUUCAAACCAGACAGUAUAGAUGCCCUGAGGUUAUCCUUGGAUCCAAGUAUUCAACGUCAGCUGACUUAUGGUCUUUUGCUUGCAUUUGUUUUGAACUGGCUACCGGUGAUGUUCUUUUUGAUCCACACAGUGGUGACAACUAUGAUCGCGAUGAGGAUCACUUGGCAUUGAUGAUGGAGCUUCUCGGAAUGAUGCCACGCAAGAUUGCAUUAGGUGGACGCUACUCUCGGGAUUUUUUCAAUAGACAUGGAGAUUUGAGGCAUAUUCGCCGAUUACGCUUUUGGCCUCUCAGUAAGGUGCUUAUGGAAAAGUAUGAUUUUAACGAGCAAGAUGCUACUGAUAUGGCUGACUUCCUUGGUCCUAUACUUGAUUUUGCCCCUGAAAAUAGACCCACAGCUUCUCAAUGCCUUAGCCAUCCAUGGAUCAGUGCAGGCCCUCUACUGCUCGAACCUUCUGCAACUGUUCACAAACAGUCCAUAGAUGAUAGUACAUCUCAAAAGGAAAGGAAAGAGAAGGAUGACAGAGAGCCCUUGGAGGCUAGGGUAGGGAAUAUAGCAAUCGAUGGGUGAGCUUCAAAGCCAUUGAAAGAAAUGCCUCCGAAGUUGGAAUAACAUUUCGAGGAGAUCUAGCUUGAGUCGGGGAAGGUUUAUUUUAGGGGUUUACUCCAAUUUUGUGAGAA